AUGACGUCGCCAUUGGAUGGUACAAACAACUUGAACCAAAUGAAUGACAAUCACUUCAACGGCAACGACAUCGGAGGAACGGACGUCAAUCAGGCGAGAUUUACCAACAUAGAUUUUUCAGCUAUCCAUUUUACAGACGUCAAUAUCAAACACACUCGCUGCACCACCCGCUAUACCUCAGCUGACUCCACGUCGCCAUGUCAUUCGAAACAAUAUGGCGAGAUUCUGGUAUCUUUUGAUCGGCGACACUGGCGAAUUCCUUAUGUAUUUUGGGCUGAGUGUGAUCAUUGCAGUCAUGUGGGACUUGCUCAAGGCAGUAUUGCUCUACAUAUUCAUGACAAGAUGUCCCAUCAUGCGAGGCUGGACGAGAAGUCCCAACAGUCGCAGACUAUCGAGAAGCCUGAACCAUCGGGAAAGAUCGAGAAGCCAGAAGAGGCUCAGCAGAUCGAAAAUUCAUCAGAGCUCCACAAUAUUGAUGAGCUCGAUAUUCAAAACUGGGGAUUAUAUGGACCAAGACGAUACACAAUUGAAUAUAUCGGUGAUCAGACUGAUGAUGAGAAUUACUACGAAGUAGUGCACCGAUCGUGGAUUGAACGGGCUCAACGAAUGUCAUGUCGUUCACGAGGUUUGGAUGAUCCGGCAAGCUAUGUCAUUCUACCACAUCGACCGGCUCCGUUUCCAGUUGUCAUUAACACGCAGAAAUACUCUAAGCACUUCUUCGAAGGACCACCUCCAGUUUUUGGCGACGGGCGUUAUGAUCAGGCUCACAACAAUGAAAAUGCCAAAAGCAUCUACAACCUAGUCUACAAAUACAUCGCGAUUGCGAGAACUAAGCAACUGUCGGCUAACAACAAGGAAAGUGGAUGCGGCAACAGCAAGUCGUUUCUCAAAAUGUCAGAGCAGAGUUUUGCGAGAAAUAUAAAGGACCGAGACUUCGAAGUUGGUUCAAUUCCGAAUCCAGAACUACUUCAGGCAUUACAAGAAUUCACAGAACACUUGGAAAUGUUGAAUGACUAUCGCGAACAGCUCAUUGUGGUGGGUGCUUAUAUUGAGCUAGUUGAUUCUUUCGCUGUCGUUGUCAAAAUGCCGAAGCACGACAUCGAAAGCGUUCCGCUUUUACUGAAUGAAGCAAAGUCGAAUACUGUCGAGUACGGAUCCGUCAAUUUGGAUACGCGAUCUACUCUCAUUCCAAUGAUUGUCGAAAACCAAGAGGGCAUCCCUCUUCUAAAAGCUGGACUGAACAACUACACAAUUGAAUACGGCUCCAUUGAUUUCAGUCGUUUCAACGAAUCGCGCCGCAAGAAUCGUAGAAUUGGAAGCUCCUGUUCAAUCUUCUCGCUUUUUUCAGUCACCGGGACCGACGGAAAAGAAAUUGAUCCACGGGAUAGACAAGCUUUCCAACAGCUCAUUAAUAAAGAUGCCGACUCCGUCGAAGGAGCUUCCCAUCAAGAUUCGACAACUUUCACGAUGGUGAUUAUGGACGCUCAUAUGGAAGAACCCGACAAUACGUCUGUCAUUAGCAAUGGCUCUGAGGAUGAAAUCAUGCAAAAUUGCAAACGUAUUUCGGUCAUGAUCACGAUCCUACUUAUUGCGUUGUUCGCGACAAUGGCAAUCCUCAACAUCAUUCCAAUUGUUCGCAUUCUCCAAGUUUUUUCAUUGGUGCCGGCGAUAUUGUAUUUUCUGAUAGUGGCGCUCUUUGCUGAAAUUUUAUUGCUAUACUUCUAUCAAAAAUAUUGCACCCGCCUUACCAAUCGCGUUCAUUGUGCCGUGUGA